AUGCAUCAAUUAAUACAUAUUUUAGCUAAUGCUUGUUUCAUUUACUAUGACCCGAUAGAAUGGGUAUGGCUAUUCGCUGACACUGUAUGUGGCUAUAUCAUCUCUACCUACACUGAUUGCUAUACCAGUCUGGCCGUUGUCAGCGUUAUUGUUUUCCUGGAUUGUAUCACCCUCUUGAUGCUAAGGAAGAGCGUCAAAAUGAUGAAAGCUCAAAACCAAGACACGGCAUCUUCGAAUUGUGCUAUUCGCAGAAGGCGUCACACCGAAGUCCGCUUUUUCUGGCAGACUCUCUGUCAAAACGUCAUGUUCUUCUACGAGUUAUUCAAUUUCUACUACAUUUGCAACUUUUUCGAAGACCAGUGGCCAGUGUUUUUCACAACAACAUUUGCAUGGGAAAUAUGUCAUGCAAUGGAUGGGUGA